AUUCGUGUCUGUAUUGUUUGAAACGCCUGCGCGAAUUUCCUUGGGAUUGGACGCGUUGUGGUAGGGGUAGCGCGGGAUUCAGGGUCGAAAUUGCACGGUGGUUGAAAAGCAUUGGACACCAGUCGAGGACAGGCGGUCUCGCGUUUAAGUGGUCCAUCAAUUCCAUGUCGCCUUUGGCCCUGUUCUUUCAUUACGGAGUUUUGGCCAUCACUUUCGGUUGCGGGCUCGGCGAUGAACACGAGUACAGACUGACGAAGCAUCUCCUCGAUGGAUACGACGCCGGUGUACGACCCGCCAAGAACUCUUCUCAGCCGCUCGCCGUGGUCUUCGGCCUCUCCCUUCAUCACAUAAUCGAUGUCGACGAGAAGAACCAGAUACUGACGACGAACUGUUGGGUCACGCAGGUCUGGACGGACCAUCAUCUGAAAUGGAACGCCUCGGAGUUCGCUGGGAUCCAGGUGAUCCGCGUUCCGUACAACCGCGUCUGGAGGCCCGACACCAUUCUUUACAACAACGCAGAUCCGCAAUACAGCUCGGCGGUCAUCAAUACGAACGUGAUCGUCAGCCACACGGGGGAAGUGGUGUGGCUCAGUCACGGCAUCUUUCGCAGCAGCUGCGACAUCGACGUCGAGUUCUUCCCGUUCGAUGAGCAACGAUGCGUCUUGAAGUGGGCAUCGUGGACCUACGAUGGCUACCAACUCGAGCUGGAGAGACAAAGCGAGCAAGGCGAUAUCAGCAACUAUCAGGCGAACGGCGAGUUCGAUCUGCUCGACUUCUCGGCGCGAAGGAACGUCGAGUACUAUUCGUGCUGCCCGGAACCGUACCCCGACAUCACUUACGAGAUCCGACUGCGACGACGUCCGAUGUUCUACGUGUUUAACUUGAUCCUCCCCUGCAUACUCAUCAACGGUGUCGCGCUGUUGGUAUUCUACGUGCCGUCCGAAUCCGGCGAGAAAGUCACCCUUGGGAUUUCGGCGUUGCUGUCGAUGACCGUCUUCCUGAUGACCAUUCGCGAGACCCUGCCGCCCACCGAGAAGACGCCGCUUAUCAGUCUCUACUACGGUGUCAGCAUAUGCCUGGUGUCGUUCGCUUCCGGACUGGCCGUGGUCACGCUGAACGUUCACCAUAGAGGGGUGCGGGGCACCAGGGUGCCCACCAUUGUCAGGUCUUUGGUGCUGGACAAGCUGGCCAGAGUGGUUUUCCUGAACUUCCAAGAGGAGAAGAGAUCGGAGCAGAUGGAGCCUCCUCGAAGAAGGAACAACUGUCCACUGCACUGCAAACCGGAAGUGUCGCAGUCCCAGUCGUCGCCCAAAUUCAUGAGCAAACGAGAGGACAGCAAUAGCAGCAGUCCCAGUUUGGAGGGAAACAAAAAACCUGCAGAUCUCGGGAAAGAGGGUGGCCUUGAGGCGCAAUGGUCCCGGGUGCUGGGAAGAGUGCACGCGACCAUAGAGAGAAACGAGAGACGACUAACCGAGCAGGAUCGAAGAGAGAGAACCGAGCUGGAUUGGAAACAGGUCGCUUUAGUCAGCGACCGGGCUUUGCUCUGUGUUUUUUUCCUGACGACCAUUGUCAGCACCACUGUCAUCCUGUGCGGCUCUCCGCCGACCACGAACAUUGCCAAAGAGAGCGGAGACAAUGGCCGCUGACCGGAAACCAUGACUAAUUAAGGAUAACGUCGACGCCUUAUCGACGGAGCGCCGGAGCGCCGAUCGCUUGCAUCUAACAAGGGAAAAUCUCCAUCCAAGAAUUUAUGAAACUUUCAGAACUUGUAACGCAGAUAUAGGUACCUAUUAUGCUAUUUCAUUUUGCAAUCUACAUUCGCUCUAAGGAAUUUGAAUUGACAACGCAAAGUUUGCUCUCCGUACGACAGAUUAAGCUGACGCACUUCUGCGUCAUCCGUAACAGAUGACUUAUCGAGUUCUCCGUUGAUAAGGUGUUGAGGUCGGUGUGAUUUUUUGACACGAGUCAAUUUCGGUUCGCUUUUAGAAACGGAGAAUUAUGUCUCUCUCUUCCUUUUUUAUAUGAUAAAAGACGAAGUCGAGGUACAUUCUGUAAAUAACACGCGCAUCGAGGAGAGCUCUUGGCAUACUUUUAAGUCCGUUGGGUAUAAGUGUUCUAGGGGUAAGAUGUAUGGUUUAAUAAUAAACUCUUUUCUCUGUGUUAAUCUUAAGGAUAAUGUACCUUUACUAUAAAUAUUUGUUAUAAAUAUA